AUGAUGACACCUAUUCCAUCUUUGUUUGCUAUUCUGAUUUCAUCGUUAGUAAUAUUCACAGAUAUUAAUGCUAAUGAUGGUCAUCAACAAGAAUGGUUAGCCAACCCUCAUCAUAAUCGAGUUCAUUUAUUUAAAAAAUGGCUUGCAAAUAAAGCAAUUGAUGCACGUGCCGCAUCAUCACCUUAUGACGUUUUACAUCCAACUCAUCAAUUUAAAGGUUGUAUUGAUCCAUCAGAACCAUUUCAAUGUCCACAAAGUGAACGAUGCAUUGCUCUUCAAUUUAUUUGCGAUGGUAAUCCAGGUGAUUGUCCAGGAAAUACUGAUGAAAACGAAGAAACAUGUAUCGCAGCUAAACGCCCAGCUAAAGAAAAUAUUGAAAAAUUCCUUCUAGCUGAAUAUCAAUUACAUGGUUCAAAAUUAUUUACAUUUUUAUUCGGUGAUAAAAUUUCAAAAAGUAUUGAAGAAAACAAUGCAUAUUGGUUUGAUAUAUUAGCAUCAGCAUUUUCAGUGGCAAAAACAAUUACUAGUUUUGCUGAAAAAACACAAAUGUCUAGCGAUGACCUUGCACAUUUUCAAAAUGUUGUUCAAAUGAUACAUGAUGGUCGAUUAGAAGAAAUACCAGUAUAUGGUCAAGAAGCUGUCACUCAAGGUCUUGGCUCAUUGAUUGAAAAACUAUACGAUUCUGGAUUUAUGGAUCAUUAA